AUGGGAAUGAUUAGAUCACUGCAACAGCAUGGUUCUGAAGUUGGUGAAGCAUCGAUCCAGCUUCUCUUUCUCUGUGAGGAUGCCAAGCUGUCUGACACUCAUGGGCUCGGAGGGUCCAAGAGUUGUACAGCCAUCAUCAAUUUAAGACAGGCUAUCAAAGAGCGAACCGGACUCCAGGCGCGGUCAAUCAAAUCACUCAAGAAGAACAUCAAACUAUCCUCAAACCAACCCAUCCAGAUCAGAGCCAUCAGACUCACCGUCAUCCUCGUCUUACACUCAUCAGACAGAUUCAGACUCCUCGUCGUCAAGAAAUUACUCGACGUACUCGAAGAGCUCUACCACAAAUCUGCAAAGAGUCUCCGCAAACAGCCCGUCAAGGAGAUCAUCCUCAAAGCACUCGCCGUUCUUGGCUACGAAUUUCGGCAUGACGAAGAUUUGAGCGCAUUUACCAAUCAUUAUAAUAAGAUUAAGCCCAGUGAUGCACCCUUGAAUGGGAUUCCCCUGGACGAAUCGGAUGGGAUGUUUGCGCCGAUCCCAGUGAAUCCGACCUCAGUCUCACCAGGCCAAGCACAUCAACAACAACAGCAACAGCAGCAGCAACAGCAACCGAUGGCAGUAUACCCACCCCAGUCCACCCAGGACGGCUUGCCCGCGCCAAUCCCCGUCAUGCGCGACGUCCGGGAAGAGGCUGAGAUUGCGAGGUGUAAUGCGAGACUGUUGGUCGAGGCACUGGCAUUUACCCAACCAGCUGAAAUGGAAACCAACGAAAUCAUCCAGGAAUUCCACACUAAAUGUCUGCAGAGUCAAAACCAACUCAUGGAUGACAUUCCCUGGGCGACCGAACAAGCCGAGCAUGCCCGAGUAUACUAUGAACAGCAAGCGGCAGCAGCAGCAGCGCAAGGGCGAGCGACGCAGGCCCGGAACCGCCGAGGAGGCGAGCUAGUGGAUGCGUUCCGACAGUACGACGAGCUAGAGCGGCUGGCACGGGCCGAGCGGGAGCUGGUCGAGGCCAAGGAACGUUCCCGGACCGAGGUCCGGGGCAGUCUGCGGCCGACGGACUUGCUCCAGACCGGCGACGGCCCCGUCGCCGGCGGCUCCUCCUCCUCCUCCAGCCACUCCCACUCCCCCAGUCUCAACCUAUCCGCCGCCCCAGAACCCCGCCCCGUCUCCCAUCCCCCUCGGGACCCCAGCCCGCCCAGCAAAGGCUACAUCGUCCCGGACCAUGACCCCUCAACAGACGACGAGUUCUACGUCUCCUCCUCCUCCGCUGCUCCGUCCCGUCCCUCAGCCCCCAAACUCCCGCCCUUGUCAUCCCGUCCCCCGCCCUCUAAUCCUCUCGACUCCUCUCAUGACGACUCGAUCGUCACCCCCGUCGAGCCGUCCGCUAAAGCCUUGGGCAAGAUGCGCAGGUUCAGCGGUAGAUCAGGUUCUCUGGCUGCACCCCUGGGCUUGGACUCUGAUCAUCUCCAAUUCGAUCAUCACCAUAUCACCAACCAUCGUCCCCCUUCGAAUCAUUAACCUUUCCCCUCUCUUUUUUUUGUGCUAUCUUCCUUACCUCAGUCUUAUUUGGGUGCGGAAUCGUUACCCCCUCUUUCUCUCUCUCUGUCCCUUGUGUAUCCUUGUUGUUGUGAUGUUACUCUAGUUCCCGUCGUUCAGAAGCCUCCAUUCAUUUCUCUUAAACUACGUCUUCUUUCUACACAUAUCAUCUCUCUCUUUUUUUUUUUUCCCCAAAAGAAACCCCCCUGAAAACAUAAUGUGGCUUCUUUUGUGCAUCUCUGACUCUCCUUGAUCCUGUGAAACAGUGGUCCAGACACUCCUGCCAAGAAAGGAUAUUAUCUCCCUCAAUGAGAUACAAUCCAUCAGAGGUUAAUAUACAUUCACUCCACUCCACAUCCACUAUCCUGUGACAAUCUGACAGGCCCAUCAUCCCCUCCAUACUCAAACAAAAAAAACAGCACUCUUUUUUUUCUCAUCGAUACUUGUGCAAAUUUAGUAAUCUUUUCAACUAU